AUGGAGUCUCACUACACGGUUCUGGGGGUGGACACAACAGCAUCUGUGGCUCAGAUCAAGGAGGCAUACCGUCGCAAACUGCUCUCCUCGCAUCCGGACAAGACGGGAACACAGACACACGGCAAUGAAAUAGCCAGAAUCACAGACGCUUAUCGAGUGCUGGUCGAUCCUAUAAAACGGCAGGAAUACGACGCCACGAGGCAGGAAGAGCUCUCUAAGCUUGGUGUCGCGACCGGCGACGGCCUUGAAACAUACUCACUGGACGAUUUUGAAAUAAUAGACACCGAACACGAGCUACGUUGGACCAAGAGCUGUCCACGGUGCGCAUAUCCCGGCGGCUUCGAACUCAACGAGGCCGAUCUCGACAAGGGGACCGUUCUGGACAACGGUCAGUACGAACUAAUAAUACAAUGCUGUAGCUGCAGUUUGUGGCUAGUGGUGAAGUACGCAGAAGAAGCAGACUGUUAA